AGAUUCUACCGGAAUGUAAGGCGUUUAGGCUUGAAAUCCAUAAAUAUAAUACUUGUUCAUAAAGUAUAUGCAGCAAUAUUCAACUCUCUUGGGUCACAAAAAAUUUAGUUGAAAAAAUCAAGGAAUUCUUCAGGAGGCGAAACAACAAAGAAACAGAACAAUGUGGUACCAUGUGGCAAAACCAUCUGAGUUUUUGGUGAUCACUGGCAGAGGAAUUGAUGAAUUGAAGAUUGCAAAGAAAGCCCUGGUAUUGCCAUUUCAGAAAUGCACUAGAAUCGAUGUUUCCCCUGUAAAUUACACAUUUGAAGUCAAUGCCAUGAGCACCGAAAAACUAUGUUUCCUACUCCCUGCCGUUUUCACUAUUGGUCCUCGGGCUGAUGACCACAACAGCCUUGUCAAAUACGCGAGGCUUCUUUCUCGCCAUCAGCGCAAUUCUCAUGAUGUCAAGGAGCUUGUUCAAGGCAUCAUUGAGGGAGAAACGCGUGUCUUGGCUGCUUCAAUGUCGAUGGAAGAUGUCUUUAAAGGCACAAAAGAUUUCAAGCGCGAAGUUUUUGGGAAGGUUCAGGUGGAGCUCAACCAAUUUGGACUUCUGAUAUAUAAUGCUAACAUUAAGCAACUAGUUGACGUCAGAGGCCAUGAGUACUUUUCAUAUUUAGGCCAGAAAACUCAAAUGGAAGCAGCAAAUAGGGCAAAAGUUGAUGUCGCUGAAGCAAAAAUGAAGGGUGACGUUGGAGCCAAACAGAGUGAAGGAUUUACAAUUCAAAGUGCUGCAAAGAUUGAUGUUGAGACGAAGGUAGUAACCGCCCAAAGACAAGGUCAAGGUAAAAUGGAGGAGAUUAAGGUGGGAUCAGAAGUUAAGAUUUUUGAGAUUCAGCAAGAAGCUGAAGUGUCUGAAGCGAAUGCAAAACUCGCAACUAAGAAGGCAGCAUGGUCACAGCAGGCGAAGAUGGCAGAGGUGGAAUCUGAUAAAGCUGUGGCAAUACGGGAGGCUGAGUUGCAGCAAGAAGUCGAGGGAAGGAAUGCCUUGACAAAGACUGAGAACUUCAAGGCUCAAUUCCUCAGCAGAGCUAAUGUGGAAUAUCAUAUUAAGGUGCAAGAGGCAAAUGGGGAGUAUUACCAAAAGCAAAAAGCAGCUGAUGCAAUACUAUAUGAGAGAGAAAAAUUAGCACAGGCUCGAAGGGUUGAAUCAGACGCUGAAACAUAUGCGAAAAAACAAGCUGCAGAUGUUGCACUUUAUACCAAGACAAAAGAGGCUGAAGGACUUCUGGCUCUUGCAGAAGCAGAAGGGAUUUACAUACGCACACUGUUGUCAGCACUGGGAGGAAAUUACAUCGCGUUGAGGGAUUACUUGAUGAUUAACGAAGGAAUAUACAAGGAUAUCGCUAAGUUCAACGCGGAUGCUAUCAGAGGACUGCAACCAAAGAUCAAUAUUUGGUCAAAUGGUGUAAGUGAAGAGGAGAUGAGUGAUGGAACGAUUGCACGAAAAGGAAAUGGAGCUAUGAAGGAGAUGUCCGAACUUUAUCAGGUAAUCCCUCACUUGUUACAGACUGUGAAUGAGCAAACUAGGAUGCUGCCUCCACCAUGGCUGAGUACUUGCAGCACUAACAAGGCCACACCAAGUGAAUCAGCUUAAUGGUUUCUCACAUAACCUUGAUACCUAUCUUGCAAGCAAAUAUUGUUGGUUCAUUGGGAAGUGAGGGAAUUAAUUUUA